AUGAACUGGUGGACAAAGGGUUUCAUCCGACCUUGUUUUUCUCCUUGGGGUGCACCAGUUAUGUUUGUGAAGAAGAAGGAUGGCACCAUGAGGUUGUGCAUUGAUUAUAAACAGUUGAACAAGAUUAAUUUGAGAUCAGGCUAUCAUCAGUUGUGGAUUAGGGAAGAUGACGUACCUAAGACUGCUUUCCAAACAAGGUAUGUCCAUUACGAGUUUUUGGUGAUGCCUUUUGGGCUAACUAAUACACCAGCAUCGUUUAUAGAUCUCAUGAACAGAGUGUUCCGACGUUACCUGGACUGCUUUGUGAUUGUGUUCAUCGACGAUAUCCUUAUGUAUUCUAAAAAUAAGAAGGCGCACAUGAAGCACUUGGAAAUUGUGCUGAGAACUUUAAGGAGAAAACAAUUGUAUGCAAUGUUCAGCAAGUGUAUGUUCUGGUUGGACAGAGUUAGUUUCUUGGGGCACAUGAUUUCUGCUAAAGUCGGGUAUUAUUGUUGCUUUGUGGAGGGUUUCUCCGCUAUAGCGACACCUCUUACUCACUUGACAAGGAAAAGAGUUAAGUUAGAAUGGACGGAUGAGUCUGAAGAAAACUUCAAUGAACUCAAAACCAGGUUGACAAAUUCUCCAGUAUUGACACUUCUUGAUCAUGGUGGAAACUUUGUUAUCUACAGUGAUGCAUCACGACAGGGGAUUGGUUGUGUGUUGAUGCAACACGGUAAGGUAAUCGCUUAUGCUUUUACAAAACUUAAGAAGCAUGAGUUGAAUUACCUCACUUAUAAUUUGGAGCUUGCUGCAGUGGUGUUCACCCUAAAGAUUUGCUGGCAUUAUCUUUAUGGAGAAGCGUGUCAAAUUUUUACGGAUAAUAAGAGUUUAAAGUAUUUAUUCACCUAUAAGGAAUUGAAUUUGAGACAAAGGAGAUGGUUAGAAUUGAUAAAGGAUUAUGACUGCACUAUUGAACAUUAUCCUAGGAGAGCUAAUAUUGUGGCUGAUGCUCUUAGCAGGAAGUCAUCUGGAUCUUUGGCUCAUCUCUGA